AUGUCAGAUUCUCCCAGGCAACACCAUCACGUCGCAGCACUCGCCGAUCUCCCACUUACGCCAAAAGUCCUCCCCCCGACGGUAAUCAUCCGACUAUCUUCGCGUCGCGAGAAACCCAAACCUGUCCCUCUACUUCAACUUGCUGUCAAUAAUUGUACCGUGGUGAAGUACCCGAAUCUACGCGUCGAACCCGUCAGGAAAAGCCUAUCUAAAAUAUAUUCGACCCCAAAUCGUGCUCAAGCGCUUCGCGAGAGCAACAAGGAGAACACGACGAUGUCUUCACCUUCCACAGCGAACUCGAAAAAAGCACGCACCGAGCGAUGCAACACCGCGACGAGUCAAAUCCCAGGGACAUAUCCUACAAGUGGUGAAGAAUCAGACUAUACCUUGAGCAGUCGCUCAGUCAGUAUGACAUCCGAGAGCGCGACUACCCAUGAAACAAUCACUCCAGCCACGGCCAUCAUUCCAUCAACACCUUCCACGAACAUGAAUCAAUCCCAACUCAACAAGGAAUUACCAGCCAAACCCAUCCUUCGCGAGGCCGAGAGUCCUGAAAAACGUGGAAUAUAUGAUGCUACCGAUGCCAACGCCCACUUGAUUCCGUUCCCUCCAUUGACCCCACGUGCGUCCGAUAUUUCACUGAAAGCCGCGACGACAGUGACUUGCGAAGAUCUGAUCUAUGAUAGCGACACUGCAACGCUACAAGAGCCUCACGGCGAUGACCAACCUUCAGCUACAGACGAUAUCAUCCAAGAAUAUAUCGGCACUUCACUUCAAGUUCUUGACAUCUCAUCUCCGGAUGUGACUAUCAAGCAAGAUAUCAGAACUAUUUCUAGCGUUUCCACUUUGUCGAGAUCACCUGGAAUGAACUCAAUCCCACGCCAUAGAAGAAAAAGCUCUGUCAGUGUCAACGGCAGCCCAUUUUCUCGUAGCCGUAAGCCCAAGCCAAAAGGUAGCCGGAGUAGCGUCCGCGGUCAAAAUGGGUACGGCCAAAAAGGCACCCAACAUUUUCACCGACGAGACAGCGUUGGGGUUAUGGAAAAAGGUCCCCGAGAGGACCUGUCACGACUUGAUAGUGACGAUGAAAUCGAGAUUUUCCAUGAUAGCACUGCGACAAGCCCUAUUCAGGCAGACGACGACGCUCAACGGUCCAAGAAGUUUGAUUGUGGACCUACGGUUCGAUAUUCUUUGGAUGCUAGACAGGUUAUUAUGGGCGAGUUGAGGGAACCUGAAUCUUCCAAGCCCUUGGGUUCACAACGUGAUGGUUACAACACGCCUAAAGCUGAAGAAACUUCCCCAACAAGGACCACGAAACAAAAGCAGGCCGGCGAAAGAAGAACCCUUGGUCAGAAAGACAGAGGCUCAGAACCCGAACACAAAUCUAUCCACCCCCCACGUAUAUCAUCCCUACAAGACUCCGAUCAGAGAAUGCGGACCCCGUCUCCGGCAUUCGUAUCUCGGCUUGCAAGGCCAACUGCUUCUAGUUCUGCUCGUGAAGCUGCCUCGAAAGCCAACAUGAAAAAUAACAAGACUCUCAACAACAGGUCGAGCAUUAGACCCCCAUCUCGUCAAUCUUCAAUCAAUCGACUUUCGGAGAAGCCAGGGUUCAACGGUCGUAACUCCUCUGAGUCAUCUACCAAUCAAUUGCCAAUUACUAAUAACGCUAAUACAAUCGUGAGCUCCGAUACCUCUCGUAAAUCUCUUGCAGAUUCUGGGACGUUGGAGUCGGUCAAACGAGCUGGUAAGGGUCUGAAGUCCAAGUUUUCCAACAUGCUCGCAAGUCGCAACCGCUCCAGAAACAAUACAUUAGGCGAGAAGAUUAAUGGUCGCGAACUGCCUACGAGACCGCCACCUAUUCCACGACGUGCAAAUUCCCGCAAUUUGACGACAAACGAAAACUCUGGUAUGAGUCGCACGCCUUCGCAGGUGGUUCGUCCUUAUCAUAACUCGGUCCCUCUGGACGACUCCCUGAAUCAAACAAUAAAUGGGCCUAAAAAUUCAUCUUCCUCAGCCAAUAAUUUUGACUCGUCACGACUUAUACCUUCUAUCGAUCAUCCUCAUUCCAUGAAUGAUGUCCCAAUUUUAUCUGCUGCCUCCAUAGCAGACCGUUCGGGAGACCUGACUGAUAGCACGCUUCAUACAGCUCAGCUUCACCUAGUCAACAUUAUCCAACGUGCCGAGGAGGUUACCGAUGAGAAUAUACGCAGCAACCUCGUGGCAAUCAUUGAAAUGCUGGGGGUUAGCAUUGGCCAGGCUCGUGAACUGAGAAUUGCAACAAUUGCACAAAUGAAGGAUAAUAUGAUUCUUGCUAAUAAAGUUCGUGAACUUAGUAAAAUGGUGUUGGAUAAUCUGUGA